AUGUCGUAUCCUGGUCAACCUAAUUAUUGUCCACCACCACCACCUUAUGGAGGAAAUCCGGGCUACUGUCCACCACCUCCACAAUUUGGUGGAAAUCCAGGUUAUUGUCCACCACCUCCACCGACUGUUAUAAUGCAAGCAACUGGUAAUUGCCCAUCAUGUCGAAUGGGUUUUUUAUCAUCUCAUGUCACUUGUUUGGGUGUUUUCUGUGCUAUUGUUCUAUUUCCCAUUGGUCUUAUUUGUUUAUUUGCAAUGCAAGAACAAAGAUGUUCACACUGUGGAUUUUGUUCCUAA